AUGUCAAAGGCUCAGCUUCGCAAGCGUCAAAAGCUCCUGGAAAAAGAGGAGAGGCACAAGAAGGCCGAGGAGCACUCUGCUGCAGAUCGCAAGCUGCAAGAACAGACACAAGCUCGUGCUGAGGCCGACGAGACAAGCGAUAUGAAGUCCAAGUACGGCGUCUUGCCUCUCAACUACUACGCUCCUGCAGAGCCUCCGAACGAGAAGAGAGUCAACAUUCUCGAGCUAUCCGAAAGAGAUGUCGGUUCAAUGGUCACUUUCCGUGCUCGUGUCCAUAUGGUCCGCCAGAUGAGCAGCCGUCGUGUCUUCAUCGCUCUGCGCCAGCAGACUGCCUCGAUUCAGGGUGUCUUGCACGAGCACGCUGGCGUCUCGCUAGGUAUGGUCUAUUGGGCCAAGCAUCUCAGGCUCGAGUCUGUUGUCCGCGUACGUGCUGUCGUACAGGAGCCCAAGGCCAAGCAGGGCAAGAUCACUGGCUGCACUAUUGGCAACCUCGAAGUGUCAAUCCACGAGUUGCACGUUGAGGGCUCCAGAACUGCUCCCCUGCCCUUCAACGUCCCCGAAGCCCAGGUCACUCGCGAACAAGCCGAAGCUACAAAGAACGCCCGUCAUCAUGUUUCUGACCGCACCCGUCUCGCUAACCGCAUCGUCGACCUCCGUACCAAUACCUCACAAAGUAUCUUCCGUGUUCAAUCCGGUGUCUCUUCCUUCUUCCGCGAGUAUCUUCGUGGUCAAGGCUUCAUGGAAAUCCACACACCCAAACUGCAAGGUGGUGCUACUGAGUCCGGUGCCAGUGUUUUCAAGGUUGACUACUUUGGCAGACCUGCUUUCCUGGCACAGUCACCUCAGUUGGCCAAGCAGAUGUGUAUUUCUGCCGACUUUGGCAGAGUCUUUGAAAUUGGUGCUGUCUUCCGUGCUGAGAACAGUAACACACACAGACACAUGACCGAGUACACCGGUCUGGAUCUGGAGAUGGCUAUCGAUGAGCACUACCACGAAGUUCUUCGUGUCCUCGAUGGCCUCUUCAAGUACAUGUUCAAGAAGGUCUACGAGAACUACCGUCACGAAAUUGACACAUUGAAGGAACACUUCCCUCACGAGGAUCUAGUCUGGCUUGACAAGACCCCUAUCAUCCCCUUCGCUGAGGGCAUCCGUCUUCUUAACGAGUCUGGUUGGAGAGACGAAAACGGCAAACCUCUUCCCGAAGACGAGGAUCUUGGUACCCGCGACGAGAUCCAACUCGGCAAGGUUAUCAAGCAAGUGUAUGGCACCGACUACUACGUCCUCGACAAGUUCCCUGCCGGCGCUAGACCUUUCUACGCCAUGCCUGACCCCAACAACCCCAAGAUCACCAACUCUUUCGAUAUUUUCCUUCGUGGUCAAGAAAUUCUCUCUGGUGGUCAGCGUAUUCACGACGAGAAGAUGUUGGCCAAGCAAAUGGAGCGUCUGAAGAUGGAUCCCAACACGCUAGAUGAGUACAUGCAAGGAUUUGCCUGGGGAGCACCUCCUCACGGUGGUGGUGGUAUUGGUUUGGAACGUAUGCUGAUGCUGCUGCUGUCCCUCGGCGACAUUCGCCAUGCGACUCUCUUCCCUCGCGAUCCCAAGUCUCUACCUGCCAAGCCUGUCGUCAAGCAACUCAGACAUCCCGAAGCCAGCACAUUGCACCCUCCGUGGGAAGGACAAGACCGUCGCGCUGCUGGAAUGGAGCUUCCACCCAUCGAAAUGCUCAUCGCCAACUACGGAGACGCUUCCAACACAUCUUGGCUCGAGCCUCGUACCGAGAUCUGGAGAGACGACGCCACUGGUGCCGCCAUCGGUUUCGUGCCUCACCAAGGCUAUGCCAUCACGGUUGGUGACCCGCUUUGCCACAAGAGUCAAUACGCCCGCACCAUUGCCGGAUACUUGCACUACAUCAAGAAAGAGCGUGGAAUCAAGCCUCUCUGGCUGCUGUGUGGUGGUGAUACCGAAGAAGUCCUCUCUUCGCACCGCUUCGAUUGGCGUACAUUCUCAGUUGCUGCUGAGCAACGUCUGGAUCCUGGCAACAACCCAGCUGUGCAUGAUCAUGAUAUUCAGCGCAAGAUUCGUCACGCAAGCAAGGAGGGUAUCAAGGUUCACGACUACCCCCUUGGCACCCCUGUGCCAGCCGAGAUCAAGAAGAGGAUUGAUGCUCGCAUCCAGGACUGGCUGGCGAACCGUAAGGGCAAGCAGGUCCAUCUCACAGACAUCCACCCUUGGCAAGACGAGGCCCAUCGCCAGUACCACUACACAACCGACAAGGACGGCAAGAUUGCCGGCUUCGUCAUCAUGGCCCAGCUGUCACCCGAACACGGUUGGCAAGUCAAGUUCUCACUCGACUUCCCUGGCGCCCCCUCAGGUGCUAUCGAGAUGCUCGUCAUGCACGCGCUUGCGCAAGUCGCGGCGGGCGGUGCCGACUCGGUCACCUUCGGUGGUGGUGCCAGCUCCAAGCUGACUCCCGGUCACAACUUGAAGGGUACACGUAUCAAGGUCCUCAGCAAGGCAUACCACGCCAUUGCCACCGAGCUCAAGCUCACAGCCAAAUCAGAGUUCAGAGAAAAGCUUGGUGCCCAGGAUGAUCCUAUCUACGUGUGCUACCCACCGCACGGUCUCGGACCGGGAGGUGUCAAGGCAAUCUUGACCUUCUUCGAGGACACGGAAGAUCCCAACAGUUAG